UGGACAUGGACGAUAAAGUUGGACGGUUGUGAAUAAGCUGUUGCAGAAGAAAUAAAGGAAGUGAUUUGGCUAGAGAAAACGAAAACUAGUGUUUCUUCAUUACAAGAAAAGGAAACCCUUUACAUCUGGCGACGAGGAUGGAGAAAAUCAUUGAUGAAUCGCGAGCGCUUCCGACGUUCCGAUGCGAGGAGAUUGAUAAAAAUCAAUUAGCGAAGGAAUGGAAGGCUUGGAAGUCAGCAUUGGAGAUUUACUUCGACGCUUACGACGUGUCGGAUCAACGUAAAAUGCGGGCUAAAUUGUUGCAUCUGGGCGGAAAACAAUUACAGCGAGUAUAUGAGAACUUGCCAGAUAAUAACAAGAUUCCGUUGGUAUCGACAAAGGAAAACUGGUACGACGUGGCUGUAGAGAAGCUGGAUGCAUACUUCGAGCCGGGACGCCAAUAUAUACUAGAGCGCUGUCGAUUGCGGAAAAUAAAACAGGAGAAGAAUGAACGGUUUUCGCACUUUGUAAUGCGCAUCAGGCAGCAACUCUCUGAUUGCGGAUUCGAGAAGUACUCGUCGGAAGUAAAAGAUGUUCUCACGGAAUUAUUCGUAAUCGACACCAUCGUUGAAGGAUGCCUUUCAGAUGAACUUCGACGUCGAAUCCUACAAAAUGAUAGAUCGUUGUCAGAAAUUGUGGAAAUGGGUGCAAUGAUGGAAGGAGUCGAGCAGCAGAUUAAGGAUAUUGGAUCGUUAAAUUCAACGGACACAACAGAGAAAGUAUUUCAAGUUAAGACGGAACGAAUAGUCAAGAAUCGGACGCUGUAUACAGAACGAAGCCGUUCUUAUUACAGUUCUUUGAAACCCAACGUAAAAUCAUUCUCCUGUUACCGUUGUGGGACGCAGGGCCAUGUUGGAUCAUCCGAAAUGUGCAAGGCUCGCGAUCAAAUUUGUCGACGGUGUAAGAAAGUAGGACAUUUUGAAGCUGUAUGUCGCACACGUACUUAUGUAUCCACUUCCGCAUCGGAUGUAAUAAAGGCCAAGAAGGUUCAUCUGGUCGAAAGAACCGAGGCUCACCAACAAAUUCAGAACCCGUUGGAACAUAAAGCUCCGACACAAUCAAAUGACUCGAAGGUAUACUAUUGUUUUUACGGAGGUAAUGAGUCAAAUGUCAUUGAAUGUAAAAUUGGUGGAGUUACUCUUGAGUUACUGGUGGACUCAGGUUCUGACAUCAAUGUGAUACACGCGGAGGCCUGGACUUUUCUAAAACAACGACAGGUUAAAGUUGCCAACAUGCAGAAAGGAUCGAAACAGAUCAUCAAAGGAUAUGGAAGUAGCAUUCCACUGAUAAUCAUAGGGACCUUCGAAACAGAGAUAGCGAUAGGUUCACGGUCAAUAAUGACGACAUUUUACGUGGUAGAAGGCGGCCAACGCUGUCUGCUAGGAGAUGCCACAGCAAAGGAACUUGGUAUCCUGAAAAUAGGAAUCGAUGUAAAUCAGGUGGAACAACAGGAACGACCAUUCGGAAAAAUCAAGGAUGUGCAAGUGCACAUACACAUGGAUCCAUCAUUUAAGCCAGUAUUUCAGCCGGUUCGACGCGUCCCUAUACCAUAUGAGGCUGCCGUUAAUAAAAAGUUGGACAUCUUACUUGCUCAAGACAUAAUUGAGGUUAAAACCGGUCCUACCACGUGGGUGUCACCUCUUGUGGUCGUGGGAAAAGCCAACGGUGAACCUCGUGUGUGCUUGGACUUGAGGAGAGUCAACGAGGCAGUGAUCAGAGAAAGAUUCCCAAUGCCUAUUGUCGAUGAAAUAUUGGCUCGAAUCGGAAAAGGAAAAGUUCGUAGUAAGCUUGAUAUUCGUGAUGCAUUCCUUCAGACUGAGCUUGCCCCAGAAUCUCGCGAUAUCACAACGUUUAUUACGAACCGUGGACUUUUUCGUUUUAAACGACUUCCCUUCGGACUAGUCUCUGCCCCCGAGAUCUUCCAAAAAGUCAUGGACGAGAUUUUGUCUGGUUGCGAAGGAACGGUUUGCUACUUAGACGAUAUAUACGUAGAAGGACAAAAUGUAGAAGAACACGAUGCUCGUCUAACGAAAGUUUUCGAUCGUCUUCAUGCUCGUGGCGUGGUGCUUAAUCUUCAGAAAUGCAUAAUCAGGGUAACAGAGCUGCAGUUCCUAGGUCACAUUAUCAGUCAAAAAGGAUUACGACCUUCUCCAUCCAAAGUGGAAGCGCUGUUGUCUUUCCGCCGGCCUGAAAACGUUUCCGAAAUCAAAAGUUUUUUAGGCUUGGCAAAUUACAUGAAUAAAUUUAUUCCAAACCUAGCAGCAGUAGACGAACCACUUCGGAAACUCUUGCUUCAAUCAUCAAAAUUUGUAUGGAACCAGGAGCAGCAACACGCAUUCGAUAUAAUAAAACAAGCUAUGACAAAAGAGAAUAAUUUAGGAUACUUCAACUGCAGCGAUUCCACGUCGGUGAUUGCCGAUGCAAGUCCUACUGCACUGGGAGCGGCUCUUAUCCAAACGAACCUGCAGGGAGAAAAUUGCGUGAUUUGUUUCGCGUCAAAAUCGUUGACCGAGACGGAGAGAAGUCGUGAUGAUGAAGAAUUGAGGGAUCGCGAUGCUAUUGUUAAGGAAAAGGGGAAGGAGUACAGUGACAAUCGUAGACAAGCUAAAAAAAGUGAGGUGUCGGUUGGAGACCGGGUUCUAUCGAAGAGAUUUAGAAAAGACAACAAACUUUGCACCGAAUUUAUGAACGAGGAAUUUGUUGUGCUUACAAAAACUGGUUCCGAUACCACAAUAAAAUCUACCGUAUCUGGGAAGGAAUAUAGGAGAAAUACUUCUCACCUGAAGAAGAUUCCAUACGAAACAGAUAAGUACAACAAAAACGGUAAUACACCUGAAACAGCUCUGUUUUCUGAGAGCCCUGAAAAGCCCUAUUCAACGAAUACGACUAGUUCCGUGAACACGGAUGUCACCCACGACGUGGGUGGUAAGCGAAGGCGGCAAGAACCAUCUUGGUUCCGCAGUUAUGUGCCGUAUUAG